AUGGACUCUGAGGUGGAUGAGGUGGCUCGGGUCCUUCUGCACAUGGUGUGUAAUUCACCAGAGUUUGUUGAGAAAGCAGCCAGUCACACCCUGGGGAUCAUGGUGGAGAACGUGACUCCUGCACGAGCAAUGACUUCUUUCCUGGACAGUGGAGUCAACCCGGCUCAUGCCGUGCCCCGCAAGGCGGCCGUGGGCGAGCCGAAUGCCGAGAGAGCGGUGCCGUCCCCACGGGCGGAGAAGCCUCCCCUGGAGCAGCUGUACCGGGAGGGCCCGCUGCUGGGGAGCGGCGGCUUCGGCAGCGUUUACGCCGGGACCCGGCUCGCCGACGGCGUCCCGGUGGCCAUCAAGCGAGUGUCCCGGGACCGCGUCUUGGAGUGGGCGCGGCUGCACGACGGCGCCCUUGUGCCCCUGGAGCUGGUGCUGCUCUGGAUGGCGUCGUGGCCCGGCUUCCGCGGCAUCGUGCGGCUCCUGGACUGGUUCGAGCUGCCCGACGGCUUCGCGCUGGUCAUGGAGCGUCCGGAGCGCUGUCAGGACCUCUGGCACCUGCUGCACGCGGGGGGGUUCCUGCCAGAGCCCGUGGUGCGGGCGCUGUUCCGGCAGGUGCUGGGGGCCGUGCGGCACUGCACCAGCCGUGGCGUCCUGCACCGCGACAUCAAGGCCGAGAACGUGCUCGUUGACCUGGCCACCGGCGAGGCGAAGCUCAUCGACUUCGGCUGCGGCACGAUCCUGCAGGACACCUUCUACACCCAGAUGGCUGGAACGCGGGAGUACUACCCACCGGAGUGGAUCCUCUUUGGCCGCUACCAUGGCCAGCCAGCCACCAUCUGGUCCCUGGGCAUCCUGCUCUAUCAGCUGGUGUGCAGGCACCUUCCUUUCAAAAGCAGAGAGGACAUCGUCCGGGGACAGCUCUUCUUCCCGCCCUGGGUGUCUCAAGAGUGCCAGCACCUGAUCAGGUGGUGCUUAUCCAUGGACCCUGCAGACAGGCCAUCCCGUCCUCUUCUUUUCACAGUAGCCAAAUCACUCAAACUUUCAGUCAGGACAGGGACUGUGGCCACAGCUGACCACAAACUGGACACGGUCAUGAGACGCCACGAUCAAUCAGCAGCAUCAGAGAGAAGAAGUCUGAACAUGCAGCCAUUGCCUCCCAUCCAGAAGGACUCUCCUUCCACCAAGCCAAGCACGGUGUCCAGAGGAGAGCACGAGACUGGGAAAAACGACACUGGCUGUGAGGAUGAAGUUAGAAAUAACAGGGAGCUGAGUUCAGAGGGAAAAGAACAGAUGGCCAAGAUCAAGCCGCAGCAUCAAAGAGACGAAGUCUGA